ACGCAGUUGUGAUGCUCACUCACACCUAACCCUCACACAGGGAACAUCGUCUACUGGUCGUUGAGCCUCUUGACUCCAAGACACACUAGAAUCCAAGUCCUUUGAACAAUAUACUGUAUUGUGGCGAUGAAGAAACAAUUGUUAACGUUGCUUAUCGUGUGUAUGGUCAUGGUUGUGGACUCUAUGACUAUCGACAGUAAAGAUAAAACGACAGGUAAUGAUAUCGAGGAUGUCACAGUUGGCGUAGAGAGAGGUUUGCCAGCUGACGACGUGGGCCAGACCUGGUCAGUCAGGGAAGUGCACGUCUCACCCAAGGAUGCAAGGUCUGCCAAGUCCGUUGAGGAGCGCGCCAUAAAUCGCCAAAUGAAACAAGUGAAAAAGUUGAAAUGUAAACCGUACAGGAAGAAGGUGUAUGUAAGAGACAAGGUGCAAGACGAGCGAAAUGACGAAGAGCUCUUCCCGCAUGUGGUGGUAGUGAAGCGGUGUGACAAUUCGUGUAGCUUUUGCGGGGACAGCAAAGGCAGGGAGCUGUUGAAUUGCGUUGCUAUUAAGACCAAGAUGAAGAAAUUCACAAUCUACUACGAGGACGAACAAAAACAGAGGCAUUACUCGGAGCUGUACCUCAAACAGGAUAUGAAGUGUGGUUGU